AUGAUCUUUGAGUCCUUGAUUCUGCGAAACGCCCGCCGCUUCACCCCAGAAAAGGACGAGCGGGCGGACGAUACAAGUUCUAUCGCUCCAUCUCCUUGGCUAGAUUCUCUUACUUACCCCGAGACACAACCUCCAGCUAGCUUUACCCCUCCACCGCCUAAUUCUGGCUUCAUGUCCUUGUCCGAGCUACGCGAUCUGGAGCAACAGAACGCUAAACUUCCUAGCACCGAUAAAAGCUCAACCACCCAGCCUUCUUUGCCUUUGGCUUUGGACUACCAAUUCCCAGCAUUUGUGGGCCCGAAGGAUAGAACAUUUCGCCCUAAGGGUUUUUCUGAUAUUUUGCAACAUAUCCAGAGGAGCCACUCGAUCAAAUCGAUGGGAUCCAACUUGAACAAGACUAAGGAAAGACUACUAAGGUUCUCCGCCCUAAGACGGGCUCAGACCUAUUCUAGUAGUUCGACGGACUACACAGUGAAAGGUUAUGUAGGUGCCGACAGAUACCAAAUCGACGCAUUGCCAGAUACUGGCGCCAAACGUAACUUUAUUGCGCAGCAACUUGUCGACAAGCUUGGACUCGUGCCGAAGGCCCAUACCGAAGCAGAGUUCAGGCUGCCAACCGGCGCAACAGUUGAAUCUUGCGGAAGAGUAGAUGUUCCUUUUAGAUUCGUGGGGGAAUCGGAGGAUCAUUUGCUUGAUUGCUGCAUCCUUCCCAAGUGCACUCAGGACCUCAUCCUGUGUCAAGCCUUUCUCAAAGCUACAAGUACUCUGACCAAGUUUGCCCAUCGUAUCACAAAGUCGUUCAGAACAUCUGCCCCUCGCUUCAGAUUUAAUCUUGUCGAAGACGAUACAUGCUGUAUGCAGGGAAGCUUUGAUGGCAUACCUUCAGUUGCUCUCGCCGACACAGGUUGCGAUGCUAUGCUCAUAUCAGCCGACUUUGCUAGACGGCACUCCUUGGAGAUUGAUAAGGGGCUUGAGCAUAGGCACGUCGUCGAGUAUGCCGAUGGGUCUCUGGAUACCACUACUGGUAUUGUAAGCGAUUCUACGUGGCAGUUCCGAAGUUCAUGGGACAAGAUCCCUUGUAACUUUUAUGUGCUCGAUGAUCUCAAAGCAGAUAUCGUAUUGAGCAGUCAUUUCAUUUUCCAGCACGAGAUAUUCUCAAAAUUUGAGGAGGAUAUCGUCGAUAUGGGUCUUUUUCCUGCACGGAGCUUCGGAGACCUUUACAAUAUUCGAUUGAUCAGUCACUAUAGCUCCGCGCUACAGUCACUUGAGGCGUCUUCCAUCGCCGACAUGAAUUCGCCUGGUUCUUUUGGCCCGGCAGCAAUCAAGGCUGAGAGGGUUCGGCGUGAUCAGAUUCGGGACGCGAUCAACGCCCUUCCCCGGGAACAACAGGAUCAGGCUCGCAUUGAUGAGAGAAAUAGACAGGAGAUCUGGGAAGGCUACCGGAAAAGACAUCUGGAAAGGCAAGGGGGAGAUACAGAUUCCACUCAGCAGGUUCUGGUGGUUCAAAAACAACGCUGGUGGCAGAAAGGACCGGUUUGGAGGCGAUUUGGAAAGAGGGCAACCUAG